CACAUCUUUACAGUUAUAAUAAUUAUUGAAGGAAUCAAUGUCACUAGAAUACCAUGCACCUAUAUCUAGCACCUCUCUCUCCAGCUCUCUUUUUAAGCCCUUGCUGGUUUUUGUAAUGUAAAAUUUCUUUCUUUCUUUCUGGCUACCUCUCUGAAUGGGAAAGAAGGGUGGUACCUCAUGUUUGACCAUAGUGAAAAGAGCAUUCAGGUUUCCAAGUAAAGAGAAUGAGAAAAGGAGUGGCAGAAGGAGAGAAGAACAUGACCAACAAGAGAAAGUAAAGAAGAGAGAGAAAAGAAGAUGGCUUUUUAGGAAGUCCAGUAACCAUGUUCCAGUUCAACAAUGUGAAGAAAAAAUCCCAAUAACAAACACAAAUACUAGUACUAUUACUGCACCCGUGAGUCCUACCAUGGAUGCCGAGAAAAGACAUGCAACUGCAGUAGAAGCUGCGGCAGCUGAAGCUGCAUCUGUAACAGCCCAAGAAGCAGUAAAGAUUGCUAGACUCGCUAGACCAUCUUCCAGCUGCUUUGUUAGAGCUGAAACAUGGGCUGCUAUUAUCAUUCAAACAGCCUUUAGAGGCUACCUAGCAAGGGGAGCUCUACGUGCACUAAAAGGGCUGGUGAAGUUACAAGCUUUAGUGAGAGGACAUAACGUAAGAAAGCAAGCAAAGUUAACACUUCAAUGCAUGCAAGCUUUAGUUCGAGUACAAGAUCGAGUCCGUGACCAACGAGAAAGGCUUUCACAUGAAUGGAGCAGAAGGUCCAUGUUUUCUGAGACCAAUAGCUUAUGGGAGUCUAGAUAUCUCCAAGACAUUCGUGAGAGAAAGUCCACGUCGAGAGAUGGAAGCUCUCUUCUAGAUGAUUGGGAUGAUCGUCGAUGCACAAAUGAAGAAAUUGAAGCCAUGGUGCAAAGUAAGAAGGAAGCUGCUUUAAAACGCGAAAAAGCAUUGGCUUAUGCUUUCUCUAGCCAGAAAUGGAGGUCUAGAAGGAACCCAUCGGCAGGGGAUGAAGAGGAACUAGAAGACAGAACAAGGUGGCUUGAUCGAUGGAUGGCAACAAAGCAAUGGGAGACAAGUAACAGGGCAUCAACAGAUAGAAAAGACAACAACAUAAAGACUGUAGAGAUGGACACAUCUAGACCAUUUUCAUAUUCUAUUGCAACUCCAACUUGUCAAAGAUCACAAAGCCAAAAUCACCAACAAAAACAACCCACCAGACACUCUAUUGCUUCUCCUCUCCAUAGAUCAUACUCCAGCCGUUCUAUUCACCAAUCACCUAUCACACCUAUCACACCCUCUCCUUGCAAAACUAAGCACCUUAAAGUACGUUCUGCAAGCCCAAGAUGCCUAAAUGAAGGAAAAAAAUGCUACUCAGCAGCACAUACACCAAGCUUGAGCUCUAGUUAUUGCAUUAACAAUGGUCUUGGUCGAUAUGGUGGGGGUAGUGCUACAAUAUUGCCAAACUACAUGGCAGCAACUGAGUCAGCGAAGGCUCGUGUUAGGUCACAGAGUGCACCAAGGCAGAGACCAUCAACACCCGAGAGAGAACGUAGUGGAUCAGUACUCCUUGCAAAGAAACGUCUGUCAUUCCCAGUUCCUGAUUGUGGACCCAAUGGAAAUGGUGUUGGCAAUAUUGGCUACAGUAGUAAUAGUAGUUUCAGUCAGAAUUUAAGGAGUCCUAGCUUCAAGAGUGUGCAUGGUUGCCACUUUGGAAUGGGGGAGCAAUCAAAUUAUUUUUCAUGUUAUAGUGAGGGCAUUGGUGAAGAAAUAUCCCCUUGUUCAACAACUGACCUUAGGUGGUUUAAAUAAGAAAUUUGAAUUUGGGUUUGUAGAGUUUUUAUGAAAUGUAAAUGUAGUCUAUUACAAUUAA